AUGGCUAAGCCUUUGCAUCUCUCCUUUGCAUUUUGCUUUCUCUUGGCCUUCCACGGCUGCCUCGCCAGCCAGCGGAGCCCGACCGGCCAGUGGCACCCACUCCGGGAGAAAGGGGAGUGCCGGAUCGACCGCCUCGAUGCCCUCGAGCCGACGAACCGCAUCCAGUGCGAGGCCGGCUUGGUCGAGUCGUGGGACCCGAACCACGACAUGUUCCGGUGCGCCGGGAUCGCCAUGGUCCGGCACACCAUCGAGCCCAACGGCCUCCUCUUGCCUUCCUUCACCAAUUCACCUCAACUCAUCUACAUUAUUGAAGGUGAUGGAAUUCAGGGGACUGUGAUCCCCGGUUGCCCUGAGACGUUCCAAUCAUCUCAGCAAUCACAGUUCAGGCGGCAGUUCGGACAGGGAGGACAGAUGAGAGGAGGAGAAGGCCGGCGGUUCCAAGAUCAGCACCAGAAGAUCCGCCGCUUCGGACAGGGCGAUGCCAUUGCGUUGCCCACCGGAGUGGCUCACUGGGUCUACAAUGAUGGCAAUCGGCCCAUCAUCGCCGUCAUCCUCCUCGAUGUUACCAAUAGUGAGAACCAGCUUGAUCUCAACCCAAGAAGAUUCUUCCUCGCUGGCGACCCGCAAGACGAGCAAGAACAGCGACGAAGCCAACCCUUCGGCCGCGGUGAGGAGGGCCAGCAAAGGGGUCGAUGCAGUAACAUCUUCUGCGGCUUUGACGCACGCUUCCUGGCUGAGGCGUUCAACGUGGAUCUGGAAACAGCAAGGAGGCUGCAGAACGAGAACGACAACAGGAACAACAUCGUGAGGGUCGAGGGUCGCCUUCAGGUUGUGAGGCCCCCAAGGGAACAUGGUGGCCGUGAGUGGGAAGAGGAGCGCGAGGGGGAGAGGGAGAGCUACGGUGGCAGAGGCGCGGGCAGAGGCAGCCACAGGUGGGAGGAGGAGCGCGAGAGGGAGAGGGAGGGGUACGGCGGCAGAGGCGGACGCGGGAGUGGGAGAUCGUAUGGGAGGGAGAGAUGCGGCGACAGGUAUGACAUGAACGGGUUGGAGGAGACGCUCUGCAGCAUGAGGCUCCGCGAGAACAUCGGCAACCCGUCGCGCGCGGACAUCUACACGCAAGGAGCCGGCCACAUUAGCACACUCAACAGCCAGAAGCUGCCCAUCCUGUACUGGCUCCAACUCAGUGCUGAGAAAGGCCAUCUGCACAGGAAUGCACUUAUGGUGCCACACUACAACCUCAACUGCCACAGCGUGGUCUAUGCGAUCCGCGGCAGAGCACGCAUCCAGGUGGUGAGUGACGACGGCCAGACCGUGUUCAAUGAGGAGCUCCGCGAGGGGCAGCUCGUGGUGGUGCCGCAGAACUUCGCGGUGGUGAAGAGGGCUGAGAACGAGGAGUUUGAGUGGGUGUCCUUCAAGACCAGCGACAACGCGAUGGUCAACCCGCUCGCGGGCCGGACCUCGGUGAUGCGGGCGUUGCCGGACGAGGUCAUCGCCAACGCGUACCAGGUGUCAAGGGAGGACGCCAAGAGGCUCAAGUACAGCCGGAGGGAGACCACGGUGUUUUCCUCCAGUGGGUGUGGCGGUUCUUCCUCUCAGAGGAGGGCUGAAGCUUAA